AUGGCAAAAUUCAUCUCAGUAAACAAGUACAUGUCAGGACUUAAAGAAGAACUAGACCCAUUCACAUAUUUGAAUGUUUACUUCUACCAUUUUGAAAAGUCUUCAUUCAGCAAAGUUUGGAACAUCGAACCAGUUAAGUUUGCUAUUGUGACUAAAAAUGGUGCGAAAUUUGAAGACUUAGACAUAGAAGGUUUGUUAGCAGUCAAAGAAAGUUUGACAGAAGGUUCUCAAACCUUAA